AUGUUUAGAAACUAUUUGAAUCUUCCUGAAAUAUUAACUCAAGUAUACUUGAACAAAUAUGCCAUCUUGCUAAUUCUUAUCCUCAUCAAAUUGAUACUAUUGGAAACUUCAAUCUUAGAUAAUCUUGACCUGGUAUUGUUGGACAACUCAAUUUGUGACAAUGGCGAAAUUCAACCGGUUUUAAACACGAUUCAUUAUAUGAUUGUAGAUAGUUUGCAAACACUAGAGGCUGCAGGUAUAGUAUCAAUAAUUUUAACCCUCAAAGUUAUUAAACAGUUAGCGUUGUUUUUCAUUGAAUUGUUUUUUGGAACAUAUAUUUGUUUAAUAAAUGCAGCCUUGAAAGGAUCAACUGAGGCAGCACUUGAUGCAAGCGAAGGUGUUAUUCGAGCUGUCAAUGCUACCGUUGUGUCUGCCACCAAUGAUAUUGAAAGUGCCUUAAAGGGUCUUUCCCUGAUCAUUAAUGAUUUGGUUACCGGAUUCAGUGCUAUAAAGAAUAUAUUUACUGGAUCCAAACCAGACCCAACACAAUAUCAAAAUAAAAUCAAUAUUACUUUGGGAAAUUUGAAAAAUAAAAUCAUGAUCCCUAAUGAAGUUCUUACAAAACUUGAUAACUUCAAAAAUUCUAGUUUAUACGGGUUAUCACAAUUAGGCAAUGGAACUCAAACCAUAGUAUCUACCCCUUUUGAGUUGGCUAUCAAGAAAUUAAACACUAUGAAACUGAAUUAUAAUUUUAGUACAGGAGCACCUAGUCCCAUCAAUUUCCGUGACGAGUGUUUGAAAGAUAUGAGCAAAUUAAAGGACGUACAAACCGCCUUGGCUAAGUUAGUUGAGAGAAUUAGCAAAUGGCUUUUUAUUGGAUUAGUACUUGCCAUGGUGGGCUCAAUCUUGUAUGUGAGUUAUAUUCAAUGGAGACACUGGAGGCGAAUGGACAAAUUUAUCAACGAAACAGGUAUCGACAAAGUAGUGCAAUUUCGCAACCAAUAUAAUAUUUACAAUAACUUUUUGAUAUAUACAAUAGUGAAGCGUAUGGGGAUAGACCUUAAUGAAAAAGCUAUUUGGAUGGCGAGUUAUACGUUUAGUGAGAUUUCCAGGAAUGUAUUCUUUUUCGGAAUGAUGGGGGUUGUUUCAGUAGCGGCACAAUACAUUCUACUAAAUUCUGUUCAGUCAUCUAUGAGUAAUCAUAUCAAGUCGUUUGAUACCAUAAGCAACAGUACCUACAUGUCAGCACCCACAAUUUAUCUUCGAGAUAUGAACACUUACAUUGAUGAUACACAAAAUAAACUAAACCAAGAGUUGUUCAGUGGGAUAAAGGAAGUAUCGGUGACAUUAAACUCGACAAUUGUUGAAUUUUUGGAUAAACUUAAUGAAACAUUAUCUGAUAUAUUUGGGAAUACACCCUUAGGAGGGCCAAUAAACACAGUUGUUUACUGUACAAUUGGACGAAAACUUGAAAAAAUUGAAAAGGGAUUAACUUGGAUGAAUGAUAACUUAAAUAUUAACAUACCUUCUAUUAGCAGGGAAAUUGAAGAUGGUUUAUCUCAUAUAACAUUUUUGCAACCACAAUCCAUCUUGACAAAAGCAAAUAAAAUAAUUGAUUUGUACUGCAAGUCUAUAUUGUUAGAAUUAUACAUUAGUCUAGGACUUCUUGGUGUUUGGCUAUUUCAAAUCUUUGUUGGUGGUGUCACACUUGCCAUCCGGCAUUGGAAUAGCAAAAGACAGGAAAACACGUCUUAUGCUAUAAGUAGCCCACGUGAAUUGUCAGAACAUGAGAAAGAAGUAUAUGGCUAUCCUCUAUCACAUCCUUUGAUUAACAACAGCCAAGAUAUAAAUACAUCAUCAAGUUUCUAUCCAACUACAGCAGAGAAACUGAAAUAA